GCUCACUGCCUUUGUUAUGGUAACUUUUUAUAAAGCUCGGGCUUUCAUCUACAUUGAUCCGAGGAUCAUCGAGGAGUCUAGGAAGUGGCUGGAAUSCCAACAGCUUAAAAAUGGUUGUUUCAAAAUGUCAGGAAAACCCUUCAAUAACAAAAUAAGGGGUGGGGUGUCUGAUGAAUUGACCCAUACUGCCUACAUUACUGCUGCUCUAUUGGAGAUGGACAUAUCUCCAGAUAAUCCCGUGGUGAUGAAGAGUCUGAGCUGCCUGAGGGAAUAUGUCGAUGACCUCAGCAACGUGUACACCACAGCUCUGCUGGCAUACGUCUUCACCUUGGCAGGAGAUACAGAGACACGUACAAAACUUCUAGAACACCUUGACUCGGUGGCAAAACGAGAAGGGGACCUCCUCUACUGGAGUCUGUCGUCAAAAAAAUCCUCCUCUCUGAGUGUGGAGACAACCUCAUAUGUGCUGCUGGCCAGACUCAGUUCCUCUGUCUCUACUGCCAGUGACCUGACGUGUGCCUCAAGCAUCGUUAGGUGGCUCAUUGGACAACAGAACUAUCAUGGAGGCUUUUUCUCUACUCAGGACACUGUGGUCGCUCUUAAAGCUCUGGCUCGAUAUGCCUCUCAGUCCAGUUCAGGUGCUUCAGGCUUGGUCACAGUGUUAACUCCUUCUGAACAACUGGUAUUUAAAGUGAAUUCAGAGAACAAACAAGUCUACCAAGAACUGAUGCUGAAGGACCUGAAAGGAAAGUACUGGAUAAUGGCAGAGGGCUAUGCAUGUACUUCAGUGCAGGUUUCUCUUCACUACAACAUUCCAACUCUUACUGUUGUUGAAAGCCCUUUCAGUGUGGAAGUGGAGGUAGUGUUCCAUAACCAUUGUCACAAACAACUUAUCACACUGAAGCUGAAGUCCCUAUACCAAGGAGACAGUAGCUGUACAAACAUGGUGAUCCUUGAUAUUGCAUUACCUUCUGGAUUUUGUCCUGUUCCAGAAUCUUUGUGGGAUCUCAAAAGUGGUGUGCUGGUGAAAAAUGUUGAAUAUAAGGAUGGUCAUGUUAUUUUAUACUUAUGGGAGUUACAUAAAGACAUACCUGUGUACCACAAGUUACAACUGGUUCUUCAGGAUGUGGUACUGCAACUGAAGCCAUCCACAGUCAUCAUCUAUGAUUAUUACAAUCCAAGUGACCAGAGUGUGACAGAAUACAUUGCACAUCCUUCCAACUGUACAAAUAACAAUUGCCAUGUCACAAAUCAAAUUAAUUCAUUUUACCACAAUAUUUGGAACUCAUUUUAUGGUAGUCUUGGCCACCACUGCCACCACCACCGAAAUUACCAUAAACACCAGCACAACAGCAAUAAGCAGCAUAAGCAUUAUGAUCACUCUCACAACCACCAUCACCACGACUAUGACCAUGACCACAUUCAUGACCAAAACUGCCAUGGACAUUACUGCCACAUGUCUCACCAUGACCACCAUCACAAACAACACCAUUACAGUGGCCACCACCACAACUACAAUGAGCAACACCAACACAACCAUGACCACCAUGACCACCACAACCACAAACAUGACCACCCAGACCAACAAAACUACAAAGAUGCACACCAUGACCACCACCAUGAUGACCAUGACCACACCCACCACCAUGACGACUAUGACCACAACCAUGAUGACCAUGACCACCAAGAUCACCAACACCAGCAUGAUCACACCCACCACCAUGAUGACUAUGACCAUCACCAUGAUGAUCAUGACCACUAUGACCAACACAACAUCAAAGAUGAACACCAUCAGCACCACAAUCACCACCACCAGCAUGAUCACACCCAGCACCAUGAGGAGCAUGGCCAACACUACCAUGAUCACCUUGAUGAUCACCAACAUGACCAGGACUACCAUGAACACGAU